GAUAUUAACCAAAAUAUAUAAUAAAUAAAUAAUUAAAUAAUUAACACAAAUACACACGCGCGAAUUAGUUGACGGCUGUACUUUUCCAAUGUAGCUACAAGUCCAAAUUGUGAGAAGAAAAUCAUUGUCCAACAAGUCUUCUCCAUCAAAUUCCCAAUCCAAUUUUAUUUAUUUAUUUAAUUACAGGUAAAUAAAACUUUGUAACAAACUCACACUACAGCCGACAGUUAGUUGUCUUCUAUUUAAACUAAUUAAAAUAAUAUUUUUGUCCCAACUCACCUAAGUUUGCUUCUUAAUUCUCCUCAAUUUAAAUCCCAAUAUUCUAUAUAGUACUAGUCUUCAUUUCACAUUUGGCGAACAAACUCCACCACCAUCCACCACCCUCCAGCCGCCGCCGUGUAACAAUGAAAAGCCACGGCCAAAGCCCAAUCUCGGUCGCCGGAAAACUAAUAAACUACUCACCACACCCUCUCCUAAACCUCCUCUCGUACGUCUUCUUCUUCGUAUUCGGAUUAACGUUCGGAAUAAUCCUCUGCUUCCACUACAAGAGCUUCUCGUUCAAUCUCCAAGUCACAAACGGCCAAUUCUCGAUUUUCACCUCGCGGUCGCUACUAAACCAACCGCCACCUAUCAAUACUCCACCACCACCACCCUCGAAAAAACCCACCGCUCCGAAAACUCACGACGAGGUUUUGCACGGAAUGAGCGAACGGGAGCUGAUGUGGCGAGCAUCAAUGGCUCCUAAAAUCAAGGAAUUCCCGUUCGAACGUGCCCCGAAGGUUGCGUUCAUGUUCCUGACAAGAGGGCCGGUGAUCUUAGCGCCCUUGUGGGAGAGAUUCUUUCGAGGGCACCGAGGGCUGUACUCGAUUUACGUGCACUCCGAUCCAUCUUUCAAUGGAUCGGAGCCUGACCGUGAUUCGAUUUUUCACGGCAGAAGGAUUCCUAGUAAGGUAGUUCAAUGGGGGAAUGUUAAUAUGAUCGAAGCCGAACGAAGACUACUAGCAAACGCGCUUCUCGAUUUCUCCAACCAAAGAUUUGUCCUCAUUUCCGAAUCAUGUAUCCCGCUAUACAACUUCUCGACAAUCUACUCCUACUUAAUCAACUCCACCCAAAACUUCGUUGAGUCGUACGAUCUGGCGGGCCCCGUCGGGCGGGGCCGGUACAGCCACAAAAUGGGGCCCACCGUCAAGCUCCACGACUGGAGAAAGGGAUCGCAGUGGUUCGGUAUCGACAGGAGUCUUGCGUUGGAAGUUAUUUCCGACACAAGUUACUUCCCGGUUUUCCAAAAGUACUGCGACGGCUCUUGUUACGCGGACGAGCACUACUUGCCGACUUUCGUGAGCAUGAAGUUUGGGGGGAGGAACUCGAACAGGACUUUGACUUGGGUUGACUGGUCCAGGGGCGGGCCCCACCCGGCUAAGUUCGUCAGGACGGAUGUCACGCCGGAGUUCUUGGAGAGGCUGAGGAGUGGCGGCGGCGGCGGAGGAGGUGGUGGAUGUGAGUACAAUGGGGAGAGAACUAAUGUGUGUUACUUGUUUGCGAGAAAAUUCACUUAUAAUGCAUUGGAUAGGCUGUUGAGGUUUGCACCAAAGGUUAUGCACUUCAAUAGGUAGAUAUAUAUAAUUAUAUAUAUACAGAGAGAGAGAGAGAGAGAGAGAGAGAGAGAGAGAGAGAGAGAGAGAGAGAGAGAGAGUGUGGAACACUAUUCUUUUUGGGGAUCUCCCACAUUCUUUAAUUAUAUCAUAUUUCAUAUGAAUUUGUACUCCA